AUUCUGCGCACCAUGACUGUUUGGUAAUUCAUGAAUCUCCACUUCUUUUACAGCAUGAGAGACAAAAUUUUCCGUGAUGGCGACAUGACACUUUUCCCCGUACAAUCAUCCAUGGACAUUAUACAGGUGCGCCACGCCCUUCCUGCCUACCUACUCUCCUCCACUUUACCAGAUUCUUCUUCUGUCGUUUGGCGGAUUGAAUUUUAUGCAGAACAUAAUCAUGAGAUUUCUUGGCACUGGCGACAACAAAAGAAGGUUUGUUCACACUACAUACAUCAAAUCUCUGGUUCGUUUCGAUUUCUCUCCCACGCCUAGGUACCUUUUGACCUGCGAAUCGCCUUUCACAGGCCAGAGAGCACUGUUCAUUUUCGAAAAAAAGUUAAAAGGCGCGCGACAACUGAGAAAUGGUAAUUCAAGUCAAUAUAAAAGUGCACAUAAAGGUUUGGCCUUAAAAUUAAUUAGGGUUACAACAGUUUGGGGACAGGCGCAGAAAAUUCUGCGCCGUACGCAUAAUUAAAGAGGAGAACGGAGGAGGACGGCGGCCGUCAGGCGCGGUGUCGCCCUCGCAUGCAGUAUCUCUUAACGGCUGUUAAAUUGAAACCCUGACAGGCCUCGGGUGAAACAAAUUUCUUUGCGAGAAUUUUGAGAAUAAGUAAAAUAUGUCACUGUGCUAAUUGAUGUCGGUAAAUAAUUUAUGACAGUUAUCCAUGGAAGACAGCCUUUGAAAAGCGAAUACAGUUCAGAUUAAAAAAGAAAACAUCAAAGAGCAAAUACGGUCAUUUACGGCCUUGAAAUUUAAACCUUCUUCGUUAAAGUGAAGGACAAGGAGGACGUGCGAAAAGGAAAAGCGGAGUGGAAGUAUGACAGAAAGGAAGAUAGAAAGGGAAAGAUAUACGGUAAACAACGCAAAGCCAAAGAAGAAGAAUGUGUAGGAUUUGAAUUUUACUGAGGUUUUGGUUACGGCCUCGCUAAAUUUCAGAGUUAUUCUCCUUCUGGAGACAUUAUUCGGGGAAGGAAUCUCGACAAUAUCGAUGCGACAAACUGUUUGAGUUUGCGGCUCCCUAAAAUAUUUUGAAAACUUGUGUGAUUCAAGUAAGCAUACGAGAACUGUUUUUGAUUUUUUUUUUGUCCCUAGGCGCCGAAUAGAGAUUCAGAUCAUUUUCGGUAAGGCAAUAGUUGGCAAUCACACGUUGAGGAUUUUGUGUAGGUGGAGACUGGACAUACUGUUUUUAUCUUUCAUAUUUCAUUUCGGUAUUGGAGCUUGACAGGUGAGAUGGAGAGGCGAGGAGCGAAAAGGAUUUAAAGCUGUGCAAAUGAAAACUGCUUUUCCGAAACUUGCAGAUCCAGGGAUAAGUUCGCACUGCGUUUUCUCAAGGGUAUUUUGCUUGGAAUAGCAGGCCUACUUCUUCAUCGCUUUCAACAUGCAACCCUCAAGAAGCAGAAGCAGAUCGAUGCAUCCCCCGGCAAGUGAAAUCACGUAUUCGACCUGGUCCGCUCUCGGAGCUGCAUGUACCGCCUACCAGAGCAACAACAGCACGGCUCAAGGGUCUGUAGCGCCCUUCCAUGUGUCCAGGGUCCGCGACCAGAUGGCCGUAAUGGGAGGAGCUUACUCUUCUGCUUCAUCUUCGUUUUCGGGGUUUGGGGUACCGCUGCAACUUUCGUAUGAUCAAAGCAUGAGCGGAUCGUCCCUUGUUCUUCAGAGGAAGAUGACGCCGCAGGAGAUUGUGGAAGCCAAAGCCCUAGCCGCCUCCAAGAGCCACAGCGAGGCCGAGCGCCGGAGGCGGGAACGCAUCAACGCUCACCUUGCCACCCUUCGCAGUCUGCUUCCCAGUGCCAUCAAGACGGAUAAAGCUUCUCUGCUAGCGGAAGUAAUCGAGCAUGUCAAAGAACUGAAACGGAUGGCGUCAGACAUAGAGCAAGGGAGUCCCUUACCGGAUGAGGCGGACCAAGUGUGCGUGGAUUCGGAGGGGGAAGGGCUGCUGAUACGCGCUUCCUUGUGCUGUGAUGACCGCCCGGAGCUCUUGACGGAUGUCAUUAAAACCCUAAGGGCUCUUCGCCUGCGCGCAGUCAAGGCGGAGAUGUCUACCCUAGGCGGUAGGGUCAAGAAUGUCUUUCUUGUCACAAACAAUGAGGACGAGGAAGACGAGAAUCCAAAUCCCUCCGUUUCGACCAUCCAAGAGGCCCUGAAAGCGCUUCUGGAAAGGCGGAAUUCUGCUCAGGUUUCUCUUGCUGCUGGAAAUAAACGGCAACGUCAGGUAGGCUAGUUCAGCCUUGACAAUACAAGCUUGUGACUCCUAAACUUCCUUACAGAUCUUCCGACUUUCAUUAUCCAGGACGCAGGAGCAUCGAUCUAACGUAAGCGCUUUUGGUUUGAAAGAUUUAUUAUUUGUGAUCACAGUCGGCUUUUGCUUGUGCAUAUAAAAUAUUCUACCGGCUGUUUUCUGUUAAAAGCAGCUGGACUACUGAUAUUAUGCUUGUGUUGUGCCUGGAAGCCUAAACAGUAUAUAUUUAUAACUAUUUAAGAAAGAAUGGUCUAAAAAACAUCGGAUGGCGUGAUUUAGGCAUAAGGUUGCCAUUGUCAUGUUGGAAUCCAUCCAGUCCAGAGCUCCAUAAGAAUCUAUUUCCUGUCCUCCUCCUCCCUCCUUAAAUAAACUUUGAUCAAGUAUUUGAUAUUUCCACAGUUAUUUAGCUAGCAUACUGAUGAUAGAUCUGACUACCAUCCUGCUGAUAGAUCAGGAAAUAUGGUCACUCAAAACUUGCACACAAUUUUCUGCCAAAAACUUGCUGAUUUGUUAAGCUUUGAAUUUUGUUUUAGUUAGAUUAGUAAUAUUGGAUAAACAAACAGAAUGAAAUGAAAUAUAUAUUACAUGUUUUCUUUCAAAGACAA